AUGUACCUAUUUCAUCAUUUUCAGAUAUCGACCUAUCGGACCCUACCCCUUGUGGCUCCCGUGUGGAAAGACGCGGUCGGACUUGCAUUCGGAUAUGACUAUCUCAUGCAUGCUGUUCUAUCCUCCCAAAAACACUUGUCCUGCGCCCUCCGCCUUUUCCGAGAGUCGUUAGGUAAGGGAGCCAUUGAUGAUGACUCGGAUGCUAUUCUCGCUACUUCUGCUUUGAUUUACUACGAAGCCUGGUCUAGUCCCGAUGCUUUGGCUACGGAAAACCCUACUAAAGAGUCGAAUGAAGGGCUUUUAUAUCGAGCAUCGGAUGACCAACUGAUAGGACUGGCCAGUGGUAUGCGACACCUCUUUUCUUCUGACAAGUGGGGUCCGCUAUUUAAGAUAUCCUUAUUUUCGCGGACGAUCGUACACCGACCUAUUAAAGCUAUUGAAAGGGUGGCAUUGUCUCUAGGGCGCAAUCCAUUCGAGCUUGAAUGUCUUCUUGCCGGAUUCUAUAACCAACCUGAUAAGAUUUCCGAUUGCCAUGCCCGCCAAUUACCGGAUCAGUUAAUUUCAGCCAAGACACAGCCCAGGGAAAGUACAUAUAGUGAUAUCCAGCCGACUCCAAUUGAUUUUCCAAUAUGUGCAUAUGAUGCAUACAUGAACGUUGCCGCGCGUCUCUCGAUCCUUCUUUCGCUCUUACCAGGAAAAGGAGAAGACUCGACAACUCCAAUUGGGGAGAAUACAUCCUCUUCCGCUCUUGACAUACAACCCGAAUUGCUAUACGACGUCUCAAGAGUGGUUUAUACAUUCUCUCUCAUGUUUCAUCCCAAUUUUUUGAGAUUUACUGCCGAAACAGGGUUGCUGGUGGGCGUCGGACCGCGCCGAAGUCAUGCAGCAGCGCCUAGCGAGGAAAUUAUGGGGGUGAACCUCGUUUCAUGGGAAUCUAUGGUGUCUCUCUCCGAGAUUCGCGCACACAACGCGACGGUUAAGAGCCUUGGUUCAGGCCUCGUUGCUGUGUUCGUUGGUGGCACUAGUGGUAUUGGGUUUUCUACAGCUCGCGAGUUCACUCGCCAAGCUGUCGCUCCACACAUCUAUCUGAUCGGCCGCAACGAGUCGCAGGCGUCGUCGAUCAUCUCAGAACUGCGCUCGAUCAACGACUCUGCUACAGUAGACUUUGUCAAAAGCGAUAUCUCAUUGUUGAAAAGUGUGGACGUCGCAUGCCAGGAGAUUAGCAAAAAGGAGGAGAAGGUCAAUCUCCUCUUUAUGACCCCUGGAGUCCUUACUAUGCAAGGGCGAACUGAAACGAGUGAGGGUAUUGACAGGAAAUUAAGUCUUCACUACUACGCUCGCAUGCGUUUCAUCCAGAAUCUGCUCCCCCAGCUCAAUCUCGCAGCCUCCUCAGGCGGUCUCGCGCGAGUCGUUUCCAUCCUCGGCCCCGGAAAUGAGGGCAAGCUUGUUGAAUCCGAUUUGGACCUGAAAACAAACUACAAUCUACCCAAUGCCGCGGGGCAUUCCAUCACCAUGAACUCUUUGUCGUUGGUUCACUACGCCGCUGCCAAUCCUGGAGUGAGCUUUUUGCACUGCAAUCCGGGUGCCGUGCUGACCAACGCAGCGCGGGAGAUCAACCCACUGAUUAGAGGCAUUAUAAGCGGCGCGUUUAUGCUGUUGAAACCCUUCCCAACCUCCAGUUUUGGAAUUAUACCUCUUGCAGAGGCAGGAGAAAGACAUUUAUACGCGGCGACAAAUCCAAUCUUUGCGCCAAAGAAUCAAAAUGCUGAGACUGUCGGCGCAGAUGGCGAACGUGGGAGUGGAGCUUACAGAGUGGGAUUCGACACUGCAGUUCUCAACGAAAAGAAAGCUUCGUCAAUGAUGGUGAAGGAUUAUCUGGAUAACGGCGUGGGAAAGAAGGUGUGGGAGCAUACAGCUGAUAUUUUCAGUAAGAUUGUCGGAUCAGAGGGUGGAAAGUAA